AUGGUAUUGCCAGCAAGUACUGGUACAACUAAUGUAGUCUUCUGCUUCUACCACAACCAACACCACCCUUGCUACCACCAUUACCACUACUACACUAUUGACAACUACCACCGUCCACCCAAGAUCUCGGAGCAGGUGAACGGUUUCCGGAAAGCAGUUCAGGGUCGAUCUAUCAAGCUUCCAUGUCCCGUCACGGGGAAUCCCCCACCCCUCAUCAUGUGGACCAAGGAUGGCGUCACCAUUCACAGCGGCUGGGAGCGCUUCCGGGUCAGAUCGGAGGGUCUCAAAGUCAAUGACGUGGUGAUCGAAGACAGUGGAUCGUACAUCUGCAGGGCCACAAAUGGAUUCGGAAGCGUCAGCGUAAACUUUACAUUAACAAUUACAGAUGGGUCAAGUAGUCCUGAACGAGAUCCUAGCAAGGUAGACACACCUACAGUUGAUGAUAGGCCCGAUAGACCAACGUCUGGAACCAUGCCUCAAUUUUCCGAGCUGAACAAAAUGAUGAAGACCCAAAAGAUAAUGAAGCCCCUGAACAGUUCUGUGAGGUUAAAGUGCAAGGCUUCCGGCCACCCUCGCCCAGAGAUAGUUUGGGAAAAGGACGGCACACGAAUGGUCAUAGCUGCGGAGGGCAAGCAAUCUAGGCAGUUUACUCUCAAGUUGAGCCACUUAAAAUCGGAAGAUAGCGGCACCUACACGUGCAUUGUGUUUAACAAGCACGGGCGUAUUAACGCCACCUAUGAAGUAGAUGUAGUAGAUCAAGUAAAGAAGAAGCCUGAGCUGUUGGGAGAACACCCCGUCAACACGACGGUGGAGUUUGGAGGUACCACAUCAUUCCAAUGCCGAGUGCGUAGCGACAUCAAGCCCCACAUCCAAUGGCUGAAAAGGGUGGAAACGCAUAGCAUCCCCUCCAACGCCACCAUAGAGAUGGACGGACAGUACUUUGUGGUUCUUCCUGCGGGGGAUGUGCUCCCGAGACCCGACGGGUCAUACCUCAAUAAACUCAUCAUUUCCUAUGCCACGGCGGAGGAUGCAGGGAUGUACAUCUGUUUAGGGGCGAAUACCAUGGGAUACAGCUUCAAAAGUGCAUUCCUUGAAGUUUUUCCAGAUCCAAACCUGAAUGUGAUCGACCCUGCCCUUCAGCAGACUCCUAGAGUAAAUCCGGUCGUUCCACAAGCAUGGAGCUCAGUUCAACAAGGCUUGCUCAUCGGUGUCCCCGUCGGCUUUGCUUUCUUAUUUAUCGUCGUCAUCGUCAUCUGCACCAUCAGUCGUAACAAGGCAAGGUCGCAACGUCGCCAUCGGACGACCCCGCCCGCACCCCAGCUCCCGAACUCUUCGAUCAAAAAGGAUUACAACCACAGUGAUUACUUAAAUCGAACCAAUCUGGCAAACCCCCAUAUGAUGGACAUGGAGCAGUGUGCGCCCCUCACUGCCGCGCAGUGUGCCCCCCUCACCUCACAACAGACUCUUCACAUAUACCCGGUACCGAGCCGGGAAAACGUCCUCAACCGUUACGACGUGCAUUCACCGAGCAGUUUCACAGACACUUUAAACAGUAACGGGAGCUUAACAAGCAGCAAUAGACCAAACAUGCACCAUCACUUACAUCAGCAUACGAUUCUCCAUUGCUAGCAUUUGCUCAACAAUUCCAAAGUCUAAAGGUGUCACUUUCCUUUUUUUUAUAUGAAAAAAAAGCAGAAACCAAAAAAAAAUUUGCCUUUAUGUUGACGUCUCUAGCUAGAUAAAGAUAACCCUUCUAGAUUAUGUUCACAUGGCAUGUGCAGUGUGCCCAUAGAUAUAUGUAUAGAGAGAGAUUUAUUAGAACACUGUAUUUGUCUUGUUUAUAUAUUUCAUAUCUGUACAUAAGUAUAUAUAUCUAUAUAUAUGUACGCCCAACUCUGUAUUAUGUGUUCUGUUUGUACAGAAAGUGUGUGUCUUAGUGCCUAUGGCCUGCGAUGUGUAUAAAGUAUAAAUAAGUACAGAUAUUUAUAUAUCAUUAUUGAAAGAGAUUGAGAUGUUAUAGUCUUAGCUCUUCUUGAAAUAGAACUGAUGACUAGUGUUUUUUAAUAUUAUUUUGAAUUUGGUGAUGAGCUGCAAACGUUGAUAUAAAAAAGUAAGGGGUAAUGACUAAUAUAAAUUCAUAUGUUGGCUGAAAGAAAAUCAAUAUUUCAGCGAUCUCUAUUCACAGAAUGCAUGAAACAAAGGUUGAAAAUUCAUGUUUAUUUUUUGAAUUCCUGCUUUAAUCUAACUCACUUUCCUGAUGUUCAAUUGUAUGAUGUGAACGAACCAUUAUUACGUAAUUUGGUAAACUUUAUGAACCUAAAAUAUGAGUCACAUGAUGCAUUAUAGUAUUUACCUGAUAGAAUGAUGUUAUAGAUCUGUAAUGAAUCCUCAAAGAUAGAUAAUAUUUUUGUGAUUUAUCCCGAAAUGUGGAAAGCCAUCAGUGUCACAAUUCUUGAUGUAGACGCUGUAUGCAAAGUACCGUUGUCAACUAAAUGAGCAUGCUUAUUUUCCUCAGCAUGAUACAUGCUUGAGUAUCCAUUACAGAGAAAACAUGUUUAAUGGACAUGUAUUGAAGAAAAUGAUGUCUCUGGCUUUCCAUAAAUGAGAUUAAUUGGAUCAGUCACAAUUUUUAGUGAGAUGGGGUCCCAUUAGAACCUUAGACGCACCUUGUUCAAAAGCCGUUUGGAAUGUUUCAAAGGUAACGUAUUAACAGAAAUAUUAGUUUUUAAAAAUAAGAUCAAAUGUCAACUCUAGAAAUUAUAUUCCAAUGGCCCCUUCUCACAUAGAUCAAAGUAAUGAUUUAGGAGAUCAAUUCCAAUUUUAAUUCUAUUUUAAUCAACUGCAACUCUUGUAUAAAGCCAUAGCCACUGGUCCUUUACCAUACUGACUUGUCAUAAUAUCAAAAACACAAUUUCUACGACAAGUUUACUAUCAGCCAUUCAAAUUGAAUAAUUUCAAUAGCUUUAAAAUUUUAUUGCAAACUUGUUAUUAUAACAUUAUGAAAUGGGUGCCAGGGCAGUGGGAAACUCAUACCUUGGUGUACUAACAAUGAAAUAUUGGUAUGUGGAUUCACUUUUUGUUUUAUCUUUACAGUGUUUAUGGAGAUGAGGGUAAAGUUCAUUGAAUAUACAAACCAGAGAAGAAAAAAAAUUCUUAACAUGGUCUUCCCUGCUCCUCUUUAUUUCAAAUUACUUUCUGCACUGUACUGAAUCCAAUAAACCAUUUUGUAAUUAGCUCUAGAGCAACUCUUCCCAAAUGACUUCUUCUUUUUUUUUUUUUUUAUUGGAUAGAUAGUGAGAUACUCAAUUUUAAUUUUUAAGUGAAGAUAUUAUGUAAGGUUGCCUGGGAGAUGUUUCACAAAGAUUUGAGUAUUACUUAAGAGUCGCACUUAAGCUCCUAGUUACAUGCGUUAUAAAAGGCAUGACAGCAUUGGUAAGAUCACGCUAAGAGGACGCACAAUACUGCGUAUUAAUCAAUAAGAUUGCGCAUUACAUAUUAUUUAUGUGUUGGCAUUUAAGUGCGACUCUAAUUCAUACUUAAACCUUUGUGAAACCAUGGUGAAACACCCCCCUGGUAUCCUAAUCUGCAAUCGGGGGGGGGGGGGGGGGGGACAUUUCAUAAAACUGUUUGAAAGUUAAAAGUGACUUUAAGAACAACUGGUGAUCCUUUCUUGUGGUUAAUGAUAUUCACCAUUAAAUUUUCAUUGGUGAUUAUUUAGAGCCUAAGAAAUGUUCACCAGUCAUUUUUAAAGUCGCUCUUCACUUACAAACAAGCUUUAUGAAACACCCACCAUGUGACACAAAUUGUGGUUUACAUUAAUUUUCAAGUGGGAAAGCUUGUGUUUCAUUGUCUGCUUUGGCUAUCAUUCUAACCGUUGCUGUUAUCUUUUAGUGGGAUAAGCACUAUUCCGGUUUACUGCCAAUGACUUUCAUCUGCUCAUGCAUUAAUUAUGAAAUUGAUUAUUUGAGUUUACAGGGUCUUUUUUGACAUUUUCGGGAUAAAUCACCCUUUUUGCUGGAUUUAAUUUGUAUCAGAUUGUUAAAACCACUAUUUAGAAUUGUUAUUUUAUACCCUAAAUCUUGUAUUUCUGGUAUUUCUGUUCAAGAUAUGUAUAAAAAAAGCAGGUUUUCUGGUAUGUUGUUGAUGGAAGUGCAGAAAAUGCUUAAAUUUAUGCAUUCUUUUUUUGGCAUUCAUUAAUUACCUCCAUUUCGAGGACAAACUGUAGGCUCGAAAAAAAACUUGCAAUUGGCCAAAAUUUCAGAAGCUUUUAAUAAUUAUUAUUUUUUGUUAAGACUAAUUUUCUGAAGUGGGACACUUGUCUUAACAUAUAUUUUUUACAGAGUACAUGGAAAGGAGGGGACUGUUGAAAUAUUUGUUACUACUGCCUGAAUGUGGAUUUUCAUGAUUUUAAGCCUUUUAUAUGCAGUAUUAUGUAUACAUUAUUUCAUGUGAUGCGUGGUUGGUUUCUAUGAUAUCAUGUGUCCUUCCCACUUUUACAUCAUGUUUUUUAUCAUCAUUUUGAAUGGAAACUUUCGUCAAACAUGAUUUCAUAUGAUGAUGAGAGGGAACCUGUUGUCUUAAAAAAGGGCAUGUUGAAUCAUGUCUUUGUCCUCAAUCUGUUUUUUUUUUGUAUUUGUUGGAUUCCCUGAUCUUGAAUUCAUUGAUGAUUAUGAGUGCAAAUUUGUUAAUGAGAAAAAUUAAUCAUUUAUGAAGGAAAAGUCUUCCAUUAUUAAUUUGUCCAUCUUGAUCAUUAAAUUGGUUCCAUGACAUUUGCUCUGGCGACAAUUGCUCCGCUAUAAACUCCACACACCAAUCGAAUGACCAAUUUCAACCCUGGGUUAAACACUAUACCCUACCUUAAACCUAACAAAACCCUAUUGCAACCCGAACCAUGUGUCCGAGACAAAAUUAAGCCCGGAGCAAUCGUCGCAGGAGCAUAUAUUGUGUCACCCAUUAAAUUACCAAGCCCCUACACAACAAAUGUUUUGCAAUCAAUUUCAAUAUUAAGUGAUCACCCAUUGCAAGCUUUGCAACUAAUUGCUAGUUUUGUGUUAAUGUUGUAGUUGGAAAAAUGCAAUGUUUUUUUCGUCAGAGUUUAUGACUUGUUGCAAAUGAUAAGUUCUAGUUUGAAAUUCCAAGAGUUAUAGGAUCAUGUUGUAAGUGAAUUCCAAAAAUUGCCCUAACAUCAUUUGAAAUGACAUACAGGUUAAUCUUCCUAGGUUGAAUCUUAUUGGACCACAGAAUAGAUUUGACAUUGAUGAUGUGUAUAACCCAUGUUUCAGAUAAUCUAGUCUAAAAAAAUAAUACGACUUAUUACCUCGGUGUAUGUAACUUGAGAACUAUUUGAGGCUGGGUUGGUUUGAUCAGUGAUUUGACAUCAAACUGUGGAUAGUCAAAUGAUGCCAUAAUGUGAUAAGUGAUAUCACUUGUUCAAUCAAAUUUCUCCCUCUUUUUUUUUUUUUGGGGGGGGGAUGGGAUAGAUAAUUAUAUUGGGGAUGGCUUAUUUCAUGGAAUACCAGAAAUAUUCCACUCGUCAGGGCCAAUACUCAUCUUCGAUUCAUGGAAUAUUUGCCCAUACUCUGAGCCAUUUAAUAUAAUAUAAAUAUCUUAUGGUAAAUGAUUAGAUUUUCCAAUGUUUAAAUUUGCAAUUACGAGAUGACGGAGCAUCCUUAUUGACUUGCUGGUGCAAAUGUGACCAAGCAUAUAUUUUGCUUUAAUACUGGUACAUGUAAAUUCUUGAUUCUGAGGCUAUGGUUUUCAGAUGAAGAAGGGUUAGCAAACGACAAGGAUCCACAUAAAAAUAAUUUUUUGAGCAGCAAGUGCCAGAGAUAUUGCUAAGUGCAGGUUCCAAAGGUGUUUCAUGCAUUUUAAUUCUUUCUUUCUUUUCUGCCUAUGUGUAAAGGUGCAACUGCAUAUUAAUGCUGCAGUUCCAGUUAAUGAUAUAAAAUGCAAGAAUGAAGAAGCAAAAUGUCAGGAAUGUCUUAGCAAAUUGUGUUAUGUAAUAUUGUCAAACCAUGGAGCUAUUAAUAGCUCUAUGGUCAAACUGAUGAUAAGGAAGGUAUUCACAAAUGGAUAUGUUCAUAUUUAUUGUACACUUGUCCGAGUUUUACAUUAAUUCUACAGGUUUGGGAUUUCUUAAAGUUAAGUGUUCUACUUUGUAAUUUUAGUUGUAUUUUGCUAGUAUUGACCUUUAAAAGGAAAAAGUUAUCAGUAUAACAAUAAUUGCAUAAGGUCAAUCAUAAUUGUCUGCUGGGGGGCGUUUCAGAAAAGACUUGGUUUCAACCUUUCAUAAUC